CUUUUUUUUCAAACUAGAUAUUUUUUGCCCAUUAAACCUUGGAUAAGAUAUAUAAUCUAUAGUAGGGCACUAAAGAGAACUAGAAAGAUAGAAAGGAAAAACAAAAUAAGAAAAGAAAAAGAAUUGUAUUUGAAGAAAUUCAAGACACGUACAAAAAUAUCGCCUUAAUUGUCACUUCACCCAUAAAAGUCAUCACCUACCACCACAAUACAAUAUGGCCAAGGCUCGUAAAAUAGCUGUAGUGGGGUCAAGAUCCGUUGGGAAAUCUUCCAUGACAGUCCGUUAUGUUGAAGACCAUUUUGUUGAAUCAUACUACCCCACGAUCGAGAAUCAAUUUUCAAAGACCAUAAAUUAUAAGAACCAAGAAUUUGAAGUGGAAAUUCUAGAUACUGCAGGUCAAGAUGAAUUCUCCAUCAUGAAUCAAAAGCAUUUGAUCGGAGUACAUGGAUACUUACUUGUGUAUUCUGUUACUUCGAGACAAUCGUUUGAGCUUAUUGAAGUUAUUCGUGAUAAAAUUUUAAAUUCUAUUGGUGCAGAUACUAUCCCAAUGGUACUUGUAGGAAACAAGAGUGAUUUAAACUAUCAACGACAAGUAGAUGAAGACGAAGGGAAAAAAUUGGCAGCUCUGUUUGGCUGUGCAUUUUUAGAGACUUCAGUGAGAGAUAACGUGAAUAUAAAUCGUACUUUUGAAUAUUUGAUUGAUGAAAUUGAAUCGAUACAGAACCCUACUGUGAAGCAAGAAGAGAAAUGUGUAAUUGUUUAAUUAGAAAACCA